AUGCUGUCGACGUCGACCGCCGCUCUGCGCACCCUGCGCACGAGUCGCAUCUCCCUGUCCUCCGCGUCCUCCCUCACACGAUGCCUCUCCACCUCCUCCCCGCUGCUCACCCCCGCAAAACCUUCGAUCAAAGCCAUCGCCGAGCUGCGUAAGCUCGUGCCCGGAACGUCGAUGCUCAAAGCCAAAGAAGCGCUGCUCGCGUCCCGCUCGCCAGCCACACCCGAUCUCGACUCGAUUCCUCUCGCGCUCGAAUGGUUGGAAGCGGAUCGCAAGUCCACCGGAGCCAAGAAGGCCGACAAAGUAGCCUCCCGUUCCGCUCGCGAAGGUCUUAUCGCAGUAACCAUCCUGUCCGACGGCCUACCUAGCUCGGUCGAACUCAAGGGUCAGCUGAAAGCGGAAGCGAAAAGCGCGGGGAUCGGAGCGACGAGUGCCGCAGCGGGGGCCAUUGUAGAGGUGAACUGCGAGACGGAUUUCGUGGCCAAGAAUGAGGUUUUCGCUCAACUUGUCAAGGAUGUCGUUCAUACGGUGGCGUUGUUCCCUGGACUUGCGGCAGAAGAAAGUGCGGGGAAGGGGUUGGUGGAGGUGCCGGUGGAGAAGUUGUUGGCAUUCCCGCUGUUGUCGAGCAACCCGCAAGCGGUCGGGUCGAGUGUGGCACCGAAGACGGUGGGUUCAGAGAUCAUCGAUGUCGUCUCCCGACUUGGGGAAAAGAUUUCGAUCGCUAGAGCUGCAGCUAUCGUACCCCCGAGCAUCCCUGCUGCUGACGCUGCGAGACGAUCGGAGAGCGGUACGGCGAGAGGUGGAUCGAUCGUCGAACUGGCCAGCGCCUUCGCGCAUGGUGGAUCGGCCGGAUUCUCCACCCCCAAAGACACCGCUAAACCGGACUACCUCCUCACCAGCGGCAAAAUCGCUUCCCUCAUCAUGACGCGAUUCGCCAGCCCUACCCUACCAGACCUGCUGGAGGGCGGUUCGAUCCAGCCUGGAAUCAGAGCUCUCACUCGAAGUCUCGCUAGACAGGUCGCUGGUCUCGAAACAAAGUCCAUCGACAACCCUGCUUCUGCGACAGAGGAGGGUGAUGUUAGUAGCGCACUGUACAGACAACCGUUCAUGAUGCUUCUUCCCGCAGCAGCACCGGAGGAGGAAAGCAACGCUCAACCCGUUCGACAGGUCCUUUCCUCCUGGGCAAAGCACAACAGUCUCACCAGCGAGGGAGACCAUGCAGUCGAGGUGAUCGAUAUGCAUCGAUGGGAAUUGGGAGAAACAGCUGCUCCACACGACGAGUCCGCACCAGGUUUUGCUGACGAAGUACGAAAAGCUGCUGGCUUGGCCUAA